GGCACAUUUACUAAAGGCCACAAGGUCUGCAGAGAGGGAGGUAAGAGUGAAUGGCAUAUUUUGGGCAGUAAGUCAGGGUUGGUGCUUGGCAUCACGCUAAGUACCCUCAGGAUAGGUGGGCAGUCAGUAGUUAUCAAACUGACUUUGAAUGAGCUCCGUUGGGCAGGCGGGGGCAGGUGGGGCUAUGGUGAUGUCCAGUUCCUGGUCCCCUGAGAAUGACUGAGGGCAGACGCCACAGAAGCCAACACUGUUCCCCAUCUACUGAAACAAUGUUUUGAAGCCCACAUGACCGUGAAAUUUGAAGUUUUACUUUGUAGAUCUGGAAAUGUAAUGAGGAGGAGGAACAUAGAUGGAAACCAUGAACAGAGCGGCACUGUAGCUCAGCGUGGCCCUGGGAUGUGACUGCUGAGAGACCGGGUUCUGACCCUUCCGCUCCCUAGCGUAUGGCCUUGCACACGUUUCCUUACCUCUCUGCCCUGGUUUCCUGGUCUCUGAUGUGGCCCCACAUCGGAGGGGGGUGUGUGUUGUGGUCCCUGCUCAGGGGUUGCGGGGAGGUUUGCCUGUGUGCACGAGGUAGGCACGUGUGCACUGCGUGUGCACAACACUUGUGUGUACAUCAUCUUUGUACAGUGUGUGCCUGUGUGCCUUGUACCUGGUGCAUAAUGAAUGCUCGGUGAGCCUUAGAGCCGGUGGUUUUAUGAUGAUGAGCUCAUUCCCAUCACUUCCAGAUGUAGAAUCGGAGACUCAGAAUUUUGAGAUCCUGUCCAAGGCCAGAGAGCCCAACAGCGGUGGAAGUUAAGGCCAGGAUCCCAUUUGCCUGACUCACAGGCAGGGUCACCUCCCCCUUAGCGUGUCAACGAGUGUCAUGUGCUGGAUGCUGCGUGAAAUUCAUAAAAGGAUCUGGUCACUGCUUGUCAGAAUGCAAGAAGCAGAGCAGAUAAUAUCAAUGUCAAGGCUUACAGACUUUUCCCAAGCAAUUUAGAGAUAUAUGUUUUGUAUUAAUUUACAUUGCUUUGCAAGUCAUUUUAUAUGCAUUUCCACAUGCUGGUUAUUUUCUAAGUGGGAUCUACAGGCUGAGGCUUCACGUAUAUAAGAUCAAAUUAAGUUAACCAGGAGUUGAAUGCAGCUGCUUCAAAACCUAAUGGGCCCCCAGGCAUGGCGUGCUCAGUGUAGAUUUUAAGGGAAAGGAUUGGGUCAAUAUUUACUAUUUUAGAAGAUGUGGGAAACCAGAUACCAUUUGGUAAAAGCAGGUCACAUCUUAAUAUGUAAUGAAGCUUGAUUUGCUGAACACAAUAGAAAAUUCAGGAAAAGUAGAAGGCCAGAGGGAAAUUGCCUAUUAUAUAAAAAUGCCAGAAAUGGAAGGAGAAGUCUGCUUUGUGAAGCUGAACUAAUAAGAAAUACUAAAGGUCAGAAAGCAAAGGUGGAAUUUCUGCUAACCAAUGAGGUUUAUAAAAGGAGCAUAUUCUUAAAUACAAAUGUGUGGCGUUUCAAAACCAGUAAAUUCUCCCUAAUUUGGACUUAGCGGAAAACAGGCCAUUGUGUCUUAGUAAAAUCUUAGAAAUAUAUAUAUUGUGAAAACAAUGAUAUAGUUCCUUAGAGCACUGGUUUUCAAAGUGUGAUCCCUGGACAAACUGCACCAGCAUCACCUGGGAACUUGUUAGAAAUGCAGAUUCUGCAGCCAUCAGACUGGCUGAAUCAGAACCUCUGCAAAUGGGGCCUAGUAAACCUAUGAUUUAAUAUUUGGAGCCAGCUUUCAUGCCUCUUUGUUUUUUCCCUUCUUUGGUCUUGGCCUUCCGUUUCCCUCCUGUGGUCACUAACUCACUGUGCUGCUUGCUUUUCCAUCAGACAGUGUCCUGGUAGAGGGUGGUACCCAGACACAGACCCAUCCGUGCCUCUGUCCCACAGUCUACACUAAUGGAAGAUGCUAAGAUCCCUUUAGGCUCUCACGUUUCUACAGCUUGUGGUUUUCACGUUGUCCAGGAUUAUACUGGUUUGGUUUCUGCUUUGGUUUUUCUGCCUUUUAAAAUCUUUUGGCAGUCUUGUACCAAACAAACUGGGACUCCUGAAUAUAGUCAGCCAAAACCCUGAACCAUUCUCUCCAGAUGCUCCUGUGAAAUCCCAUUUCUCCAUCUGGUACGAUGCAGUUAAUUUCUUGGACCUGACUGUUAGCCUUUGUAUUUAUCUCUGUUCAGUGUCAUCUUGCUAGGUCCAAGUCUGCCCAGAUCUGUUUGGGUCCUCCUUCUGUCCUUUUUUCACGUAAACCUUUGAGCCCUCUGCUGAUCUCUCUGCUGGUGUCCUGGCCCGAGGAAAUAAUAACAACAUGAGCAUCUUGGUUAGAGGCCUUUGUCACAGUUAAUGAGGCUUAAAAACUUGGCAUCUUCACAGACCCUGGGGGGCCUAAAAUCGGAAGAAUGCUUGUCAUCAGCCUCAUUGGUGUUUGCAUUUAAAUUACUGCUGUUCAGGAAGUGCCCCUCACGUGGUUUCUCCGUGUGAGGCGUGUUUCCCAGCUCCUUCUUGAGUGCCCCCCAUGGUUCAGUCUUCCUAGCUUCCUAGCAGGAGCAGUUGUCUCUGACAAUUGCUUUUCCCUCCCUAUUAUGUUUAUACCAUCAGCGUCUUGCAGGGUCUUGGUUUUUUGCCUGGGUGACCCACGGUAAGUUUCAGCUUGUUAAAUGGUCAGAUUAAGGUGAAUUCAGAAAUUUCCAACUAAUGGGAAGCAAAAAACAUAUGCCUUGUCAUUUCUCUCUGCUUCAGGGUCCUACCCAUCCAGGCUCUAGAAUUCAGAUAUUUUGUGGUCAAUUCUGUAUUUUGCUGGGAGAUUAGGGUUAUUUAAUGUUUUUUUUUUUUUAAUGUGAAAUUUUGCUCAUAUAUGAUCCUUAAAGGAGUACAGUUAGAUAAUAUAAUCACACACACAUAAAAAAAGUUUUAAAAGUCAGAAAGCAGAACAAUUUUAUGGCGAGAAUGCUUGUUGCUAGAGCAUGAAAAAAUGCCUGGACUCCUGCACUCUCACGCCAUUCAUGAUCCUGGUCCAGUCCUGGGCUUCCCCGGUGGCUCGGCUGGUAAAGAAUCCACCUGCAGUGCAGGAGACCCGGGUUCCAUCCCUGGUUGGGAAGAUCCCCUGGAGAAGGAAAUGGCUACCCACUCCAGUGUUCUUAGCUGGAGAAUCACAAGGACAGAGGAGCUUGGCUGGCUAGAGUCCAUGGGUUCGCAAGAACUGGACACGACUAAGCAACUAGCACUUUAUGCAGUCCUACUCAAGCUCUCUCCCUCCUCCUCACGCUGCUUUGGAAGACCAGCUUUAAACCAAAUUGCAAAAAAUCCCAAUAAAAUCCAAGCCUACUUUCCUCCUCUAGGAUGCUAUCAAACCUUUUCUGAUGUGACAUUCUAGCUUAGCAUGGCAAGAAAAAAAAAGUGCUGGGUGACGAGGGAACUACUUGUAAUCUCUAGGGAAUCUCCGCGAUAUCCUGUACUUCUGCCUCUUUGAUUGCUUUCCCUUCUCCCUGCCUGCCUUGUUGUUCUUCCAGUGUAGUUCAGGGGGAAACAGAUGAGGUGGUCACUUGGAAGGAAGGCUUCCUGGCUGUGCUCAGACUCAGCUGGUCUGCUCUUGGAUAAAGGUUCUGCAGAACCUUGGAAACCCUGUUUUUCAGUCCUGUUUCUGUAGACCUUGGUGUUUCUCCUGGUCAUCUACCAGAUCCUACCGAGACCAUGGCAGAACUCGUUUGGAUGGCAGCAGAGGGCAAGCCCAGGAUCAGCAUGACCAGGGCGUAGCACAGCCCCUGUGUUCCUUUUCCCUUCCUUCUUCUCUUAUCCCUGCAGCAUGGCUGGAAUAUUUGCACUGUGGCGUCCUUUCCCCACGCCCCCACAUUCCUUCUGCGGGGCAACAAGGAGGGCUGUCUGCCAGCCAUCGUCUUCCCAGGUUCUCCCUCCUUCAGCCCUUCCAGCCACAGCCUGCCCUACGCUCAGGCAGAAGCAGAGAGAUGUCGAAGCUGAUGGGUUGGGAGAGAGAAGCGGAGUGACACGCAAGAAGCCUGCUGCCUGUAGAGGAAAACUGUCAGUUGUGACAUGUUCCCCAGGGACCAUGACCACAUCCCCUUUGGAUGAAGGGCAUCUCGUUGCCCCAGUGAGACAGUUUCAGCUGAAUGGACGAUCGGAGCAGCUGAGCCGGGGGAGGCCCUGUUCAAGGAAUGAAGACAUUCAAAUGUUGUUUUAAAUUUCACCUACAACAGAAAGUUUUCAUCCUGUUUCUAACCCUAUGGCUGUUCUCCUUGUUGAAGCUCCUAAAUGUUAAACGGUUCCUCUUCCCUGAACGGGGCAUUUACUUGGUUGAGUACUCUGUAAGUACCUCGCCUUUUGUAAGGAACAGAUACACCCAUGUCAAGAAUGAAAUUGGAUAUGAGAUUAACUGUUCGGGUGUCUAUGAACAGGAGCCUUUGGAAAUUGGCAAGAGUCUGGAAAUAAGAAGAAGAACUAUCAUUGACUUGGAUGAUGAUGAUGUUGUGGCAAUUACCAGUGAUUGUGAGAUUUAUCAGGCCCUACGAAGCUACGAUGAAAAGCUUGUUUCAGAGGAGGAGAAAAACUUCCCAAUAGCCUAUUCUUUGGUGGUUCACAAAGAUGCAAUUAUGGUUGAAAGGCUAAUCCUUGCUAUAUACAACCAGCACAAUAUUUAUUGCAUCCAUUAUGACCAAAAAUCAUCGGAUACCUUCAAAGUUGCCAUGAACAAUUUAGCUAAGUGCUUCUCCAAUAUUUUCAUUGCUUCCAAAUUAGAGACUGUGCAGUACGCACACAUUUCCAGACUCCAGGCUGAUUUAAAUUGCUUGUCAGACCUUCUCAAGUCUUCAGUUCAGUGGAAAUACGUUAUCAACCUGUGUGGGCAGGAUUUUCCUUUGAAGUCAAACUUCGAAUUAGUGUCAGAGUUGAAGAAACUCAAUGGAUCAAACAUGUUAGAGACAGUGAAACCCCCUAGCACUAAGGUGGAAAGAUUCACUUAUCACCAUGAGCUCAGACAGGCACCUUAUGAAUAUGUGAAACUACCGAUGAGGACAAACAUUUCCAAGGAAGCCCCACCUCAUAACAUCGAGAUAUUUGUUGGCAGUGCUUAUUUUGUGUUAAGUCGAGCAUUCAUUAAGUAUAUUUUCAACAACUCCUUUGUUGAAGACUUUUUUGCCUGGUCUAAAGAUACAUACUCACCUGAUGAGCACUUUUGGGCUACCUUAAUUCGGGUACCAGGAAUCCCCGGGGAGAUUUCUAGGACAGCCCAGGAUGUGUCUGACCUACAGAGUAAGACCCGCCUGGUCAAAUGGAAUUAUCUAGAAGGUCUUUUCUAUCCCAGUUGUACUGGCUCUCACCUCCGAAGUGUGUGUAUCUAUGGAACAGCAGAACUAAGGUGGCUUAUGAAAUAUGGACAUUGGUUUGCUAAUAAAUUUGAUUCUAAGGUGGACCCUGUCUUGAUUAAAUGCUUGGCAGAAAAGCUUGAAGAACAGCAAAGAAAGUGGAUCACACUGUCUUCAGAAAAGUUAUUUAAAGCCAAACCUUCCAUAAGCACCUCAUGAUAAAAUUGUAAUGGAAAUAAGGUUAAGAUGGAAUUGCAUGCUAUACCGUGGCCAGUACCAUUUGAAAGGUGUCUACAAUUCCAUGAACAAGGGAAAGUGACCUGGCGUUUGGUGACAAUUAGUCUGCAAUUGGUUGGGAGUUUUUAUGUUUGUUUUCACUUGUAAUCUCACUAAGCUAAGUGGGAGAUUUUAAACAGUCAGUAAUCUGAUAUGUGCUGAGUUUCUGCUGUAUACCAGGCACUUUUUAAAAAACAUAGAGGGAUUAAAUCCAAGUGUCACGAGUCACAGUUACCCCAUCACACAGCGAUCUUCGCAUCUUAGGUUCUCCACGUAAUAAUCAGGUUCCAGCUCCUUAGACACCCCUCAACCGUUAGAAUGUUAGAAAGACUGUACUACCUCAGAAGAACUCAAAGAAUUGUUCCGUUUCCUACUUGCCAAAGUGUAACUUACCUUGUGGUACCUUGUUCAUUGAGUGCAGGGCCCGAGACUUUGAUGGCCGGACAUUUCUAGUGUGUGUGUCGGGAAGGU